AUGUUCGACAGCUCACAGUACCCCUACAACUGCUUCAAUUACGACGCCGACGACUACCCGGCUGGCAGCUCCGACGAGGAAAAGCGGCUCACGCGGCCUGCGUACAGCUACAUCGCCCUGAUCGCCAUGGCCAUCCAGCAGAGCCCAGCGGGCAGGGUGACCCUGUCCGGCAUCUACGACUUCAUCAUGCGCAAGUUCCCCUACUACCGGGCCAACCAGCGCGCCUGGCAGAACUCCAUCCGCCACAACCUGUCCCUGAACAGCUGCUUCACCAAGGUGCCGCGGGCCGAGGGCCACGGGAAGGGCAAGGGCAACUACUGGACGUUCGCCGGCGGCUGCGAGUCUCUGCUGGACCUUUUUGAGGAUGGCAACUACCGCCGGCGGCGGCGGCGGCGCGGCACCAAGCGCGAGGCAGCCCGAGGAGAGCGCUCCAGGGGCGCAGCGGGGCCUCAGGGCCCACGCGAGCCGGCCAGCGCCCCGAGGUCUCCGGAGCUGCCCCCGGAGCCACCAGGCCCCGCCAGCCCGGCUGCCCUGGGGAAGGAGCCGCACAAGGACAUCAAGUUCAGCAUCGACUACAUCCUCUCCGCCCCUGACCCCUUUCCGGUGCCCAGGUCGCCCUGCCGCAGGCCGGAGGCCCCGCCAAUGAACCUCCGCUUUUGGACUAUGUGA